CAGACUGCGCUCCUUCCGCGGCUCCCAAGGCACGCUCUCACCUGACCCAUCCCUGGCGAGGCGGCGGUGGCAAGGCCGGGCACCACCAUGAACGAGGUGUCCGUUGUCAAAGAAGGCUGGCUCCACAAGAGAGGUGAAUACAUCAAGACCUGGAGACCUCGUUACUUCCUGUUAAAAAGUGAUGGUUCAUUCAUUGGCUACAAAGAGAGGCCAGAGGUUCCUGACCAGAGUUUGCCCCCUUUAAAUAACUUUUCUGUAGCAGAAUGCCAGCUAAUGAAAACAGAGCGACCUCGGCCCAACACCUUUGUCAUCCGAUGCUUGCAAUGGACAACGGUUAUUGAAAGGACCUUUCACGUGGAUUCUCCAGAUGAGAGGGAGGAGUGGAUGAGGGCCAUCCAGAUGGUGGCCAACAGCCUGAAGAAUCAGGAGCCCGUGGAGGACGUGAUGGACUACAAGUGUGGCUCCCCCGGUGACUGCUCGGUGGCCGAAGAGAUGGAAGUGGCCGUCAGCAAAACCCGGACUAAGGCGACCAUGAACGACUUUGACUAUCUCAAGCUUCUGGGCAAAGGCACCUUUGGCAAAGUCAUCCUGGUGCGAGAGAAGGCCACGGGGCGCUACUACGCCAUGAAGAUCCUGAGGAAGGAGGUCAUCAUUGCCAAGGAUGAAGUUGCCCACACAGUCACUGAGAGUCGAGUCCUACAGAAUACCAGGCACCCAUUUCUCACAGCACUGAAGUAUGCCUUUCAGACGAAUGACCGCCUCUGUUUUGUGAUGGAAUAUGCCAACGGUGGGGAGCUGUUUUUCCACCUGUCGAGAGAGCGCGUCUUCACGGAGGACAGGGCGCGGUUCUACGGGGCCGAGAUCGUCUCUGCCUUGGAGUACCUGCACUCCCGGGACGUGGUCUACCGCGACAUCAAGCUGGAGAAUCUCAUGCUGGACAAAGACGGGCACAUCAGGAUCACUGACUUUGGCCUCUGCAAAGAGGGCAUCAGCGAUGGGGCCACCAUGAAGACCUUCUGCGGCACUCCGGAGUACCUGGCCCCAGAGGUACUGGAGGACAAUGACUAUGGGAGGGCAGUGGACUGGUGGGGGCUGGGCGUGGUGAUGUACGAGAUGACGUGUGGCCGGCUGCCCUUUUACAACCAGGACCACGAGCGCCUCUUCGAGCUGAUCCUUAUGGAGGAGAUCCGUUUUCCUCGCACGCUGAGCCCUGAGGCCAAAUCUCUGCUGGCCGGGCUCCUGAAAAAGGACCCCAAACAGAGGUUGGGCGGGGGUCCCCGGGACGCCAGGGAGGUCAUGGAGCACCGCUUCUUCUCGCCCAUCAAUUGGCAGGACGUCUUGCAGAAGAAGCUCCUGCCCCCAUUUAAGCCCCAGGUCACAUCAGAGAUUGACACGCGGUACUUUGAUGAUGAAUUCACGGCACAGUCCAUCACCAUCACCCCCCCAGACCGAUAUGACAGCAUGGGCUCCCUUGAGUCUGACCAGCGCACCCACUUCCCACAGUUCUCUUACUCAGCCAGCAUCCGGGAGUGACUUGACCGCUGGAGC